ACCGAGCGAGCAGCGGGAAAGCGAAAAGACCAAGAUGGCUGACUGAGCGGCAUUGACUUUCCGGAGAAGUUUUAAGCUCUUAUAGCAAGGAAUACCUCAAACAAAGUGUUUUCUAAAAACACCCACAGCACAGAAGUUGAUUUUUGGAGCGAUGGAGUGUUCUCUGAAGUGAAGAUUGAAGACGUGAUAGAAGAUGGACGACUACUGCUAUGCUAAGAUGGCGACGUCCGCUAAAAGAGAACAUGAAAGAGAAUCAGCGCCACCAACUUCCAGCAAAUCACCAACGGAGAUAAAGACGAAAGAUGAAGACAUCCAGAAGCUGAUUGGUUAUCCAGAAGAUCUUCCCCCUCAUUUGGCAGAAGGGCGCUCCACUUUGAAGCAGGAGACUCCACAGCCACCCAACAUUAAAAAGGAAGAGGAGGAACUCUGGAUCACUCAGGAGGGAGAGUGUCUUCUAGGACCACAGGAGGCUGAUCUAACCAUGUUGCCACUGACUGUUGUCUCUGUGAAGAUUGAAGAUGAUGAAGAGAAACCACAAGUAGACAAUCUCUUAGCUCCACUAUCAGGUAGUGAAGCUGAAGGCGAGGUUGAAGUACCUUUGAGCAGCGAUACAGACUGUGAAGGUGAUAUGAGGACUCACACUGACACCAAACACUUUGAAUUCUCUAAAAAGAAGAGAGGUAAACAUUGUUUCAGCUGCUCAGUUUGUAAUAAAUGUUUUACUAGAAAGAGAGAUUUGACUCAACACAUAAGAACACACACAGGAGAAAAACCAUUUAGUUGUUCAGUUUGUAGUAAAAGCUUUUCUCAAAAAAGCAAUUUGACUCCACACAUGAGAACACACACAGGUGAAAAAACAUUUAGUUGUUCAGUUUGUGGUCAAUGCUUUACUCUAAAAUGCAAUUUGACUCAUCACAUGAGAACACACACAGGAGAAAAAACAUGUGUUUGUUCGGUUUGUGGUCAAAGCUUUUCUCAAAAAAGCAAUUUGACUCAACACAUGAGAACACACGACGGCCAAAAACCAUUUAAUUGUUCAGUUUGUGGUAAAAGCUUUUCUCAAAAGAGUAGCUUGACUCUACACGUGGGCACACACUCAGGGAAAAAAACAUUUAAUUGCUCAGUUUGUGGUAAACGCUUCUCUCAAAAGGGCAGUUUGACUCGACACAAGACAACACACACAGGAGACAAACCAUUUAAUUGUUCAGUUUGUGGUAAAGGUUUUUCUCAAAAGAGCGGUCUGACCAAGCACAUGAGGAGACUCAAUGAAGAAAAACCAUUUAGUUGUUCAGUUUGUGGUAAACAAUUUCAUCUUAAUGCAGAUGCAUUAAGACACAUAAGAACACACACAGGGGAAUAACAGAUCACCAAUCUAGUUUUUAAUAUGUUGGUCGUAAGUGGCAACAUCCACCCAAACCCAAGACCUCCUCAAAAUAAAUUCAUAAAUAUUUGAUGUACUUGUACAAAGUAGGAUUAUCCGGAGCAUAAUAUUAUCUCCUCUUGACUUCUGAAACUUCCCUGAAUAAUGAAAAGAUAAUACUUGGAGUGCUUGGUUACUCAUUCUUCAGACCAGACAGACCUUAUGACUCUAGUUGGGAAGGAAUAGUAGUCUUCCUCAGUUAUGCUUUUACCGCUUCCAGAUUUCCUGACUUUGAACACCAACAACAUGAAUUGAUCUGCCUGAAAUUACACCAUUCCAGGUCACCUGGUGUUCAUGUGUUGGUCUACAGACCAACGUCAGAUCAUGACUCGGACUACAAAGAAUCUCCCAUAAUUGCAGCCCAAUAGCAGCCAGGUUCUCUCAAUCAUGAAAUUCUGGCCCAAAAAUGUUGUUAAAAUGGUGUUCUCUUGACACUUCAAAGACUAAUAGUACUAAGACUUUAGUAUGUAUGUAAUGUAGUAGCAGACACAGUCUUGAUCAUGUGAAUUAUUUAUAAUAUUUUUGUCAUUGCAAGUAUUGGUAGACUUUGUGAGAGCCCUGGAGCGUUAUCAUACUAACAACAUAAAACAGUGACUGACAAUGUCCACUCUCGCUGAGAUGCCGACUGAUGAGAUGGUUGUAUCUUUCAGCAUUUGAGCGCUCCUUCCCUUGGAAAAUUCUGAAUAAUCCUCACUCCUUUUUAUAUCUUUUACAUUUGUUUUACUGGGCUCUAUAUGUUCAAAAGAUGACUCCCCAUUACCUGCUUUGUUAGCCUCUUUGAGUUUUUUCCACUAUUUAGACCACACGGAAAAGGGAAAAGAUGUGUGUUCUUGUCUUGUGUAUGGAUUGUGGAUGAUAGGCAACAUUUAAAAAAAUGCAGUUCUCCUUAAAACACACUGAAGAAAAAAUAGUCUUUCCUAAAUUGCUGUGUUAAAACAGCAUAACUGAGAGGCUGUCAACCUUCCAGAUCAAUAUUUUUGCAGAGCAGACAUGCUUGCAUUUUAAAGGUUAAGUGGCCGAUAUACAGUACAAGCCAAAGACCAUCAAACAUAUAUCUGAAUGUGAUAGGAUUAAGAUUAAGAUUAAGAUUUGUUUAUUUCAAAGGGGACAAUGCAAUUUCAUAAAACACAUGACUAUACAUGCUUCAAAAAGCCAGAAUUAGCCAGAAGGUUAGCGUUAACGUUAUUAUGCAGACUGUCUAUUUUUAGCGGCACAUUUAGUGUUGCCAAUCAAAUGUCUAAAUUAUAUAUGUUCUAAAAAUAACAUUCUAAAAAGGCUGUAAAUUGACUUUUAUUUAUCCCGGAGUAGAUCUACACACCUUUUAAAGGGAAACUGCACUUUUAAAAAUGUUGCCUAUUGUUCACAAUCCCCAUGUAAGACAAGAACACAUAUGCUUUUCUUUGUUUAUGCAUUCUAACUUGUAAAUAAACAUUAGUAAAAGUCAGCUAAAACUGGAGUCAGUGGGAGCUCUUCUAUUUCGCCCACUAAGCCCUCAAUAAACCGCCAACAAGACUCCGUUUACAUCUUGCGACCUGAAUAUUUACCAAGUAUUAGCGUUAAUGUUAUUAUGCAGACUGUCUAUUUUUAGCGGCACAUUUAGUGUUGCCAAUCAAAUGUCUAAAUUAUAUUUGUUCUAAAAAUAACAUUAUAAAAAUUUGAAUUUUGUGUAGAGUAAGAUGGAGUGUUUUUGAUCAAAUUAAAGUAAAACGUGUUAUGAAGUAUCUCUGUCAUUUUGUAUUCGUUGUUUUUUUUGUUUUUUUUAAAGUAGGGUGAAAAAAAAAUUGGGAAAAUUUGGAAAUCGAAUUUUUUGUGAAAACAGAUUUUAAUUUUAGGCCAUAUAACCCAGGCCUAGGGACAAGUUAUUGUGUGUUACGGGGGUAGCACUAUGUAGAACAUGUCAAUUGACCUUUUGCACAACGUUAAAGUUGUCCGACAAUAUUUACAGAAAACAAUGCUGAAAUAUUACACUUUGGACGGAAGACAUGAAUGUCCUCUUUCUGACUGGAAAGUGUGACCGCUAUCAUUAAGUUGUUCCAGCAUGAACCUUUAAUGGACCUGCUCCUCCUUCCCUCUGGUUUAUUCAUGAACACUCGCCUUCAUGGGCAAGAGAUGGAAAAGCAGAUACAAAGGAUGGAAGCCAGUGAUAAGGAGCACAGAUUAAAGACUGACAGAACUUAAAUUCAUUCUAAAAGGGUACACUGUAAAAAAUAAAAAGUUAUUUUGAUGCAACUUGAAAAAAUUGUUGCAAUAUUUUCCAAUCAAUUUGUACAUGUUUUGAUAACUAUGUUCUUUAAUUUGUAAAAACUUUGUAUACUUAAGUUGGUGAUAGGUUGGAGAGGCAACAAAAUUAGGUUUAUCAGACAUGACAAAAGGCAGCUGAUUAAUUACACCAGACCUAAUUAAAUGUAUUUUAUAAUAGCAAUUAUUUGAAUUCCCUGAGCUAUGUGCCAUGUGUCAACACUUCCAUGUUUAGACACUAUGUACUUACGUUGCUUAUUAAAGAUAGUAUACAAAAUGUGGAUUGUUAAAUUCAUGCUGUGAUUGUCAAAUAUUUUGGCAAUGUAACCUGUUACAGUUAUACCCAAAUAAAAGCUUUUGAUAGGCUGUACAUUUCGUGUUAUACUUAUAAAUGGGAGGCAUAUUUGACUGAUGAACAUAAUCACAUAAUUUUUUCGGAAAGUACAAAUGACCACAAAUGUAGAUAGACUAUUAACCGCAAUAUUUCAGUGUAAAAAACAACAAAUUUUUUACAUUUUCAUAAUGUGUUUGGUCUGUUUUUAAACAAAGAAAACAAUCUGAACUUAUAAUAAUAUUAAUAAUACAUUUUACUUAUAAGGUGCCUUUCUGGGCUCUCAAGGACACCGUUUAAAAUCAAAUGGAUAAAAACAAUAACAACAAAGAUCGAUAAGAUUUACAAUGAAUAGGCAGUCAUGAAUAGGUGUGUUUUGAGUCUUGAUUUGAAGAGGGAUAAUGAGUGUGUUACGAAGGUCUGGUGGUAAUGACUUCCAAAGAUGUGGGGCAGAGGGGCUGAAAGCUUGGGCACCCACUGUGGACAGUUUAUAUAAGACAGGGGUGUCCAAAGUGCGGCCCGGGGGCCAUUUGCGGCCCACAGGUAAUUUUUUAACAGCCCCACGACACAUUCUAAAAUACGAUUAAAAAAAACUAAGCAAAACAUAAAAAGUGGUAUAAAAGAGCAAACAGGUGAAAUGUAACAAGAAAAUGUUACAUUGUAGACUCUAAUAACACAAAGCUGCCAUGCAGGCUGUUUCUUUCUUUAAAAAAUAAUAAUGAAUCAAAAUCAAUGUCAUUAUGAAUUAUUGGCCUAUUCAAGGCUCCAAUUACGUCACAUUACAUAUUCCACUUUGAGAUAUUUUUGGGGAAAAUGUUGCAUAUUUUGUGUUUGCCAUAUAAAAAAACUAAGCUGUUUUAUUUAGGUUUUUUUUUAAAGAAGGGCCUAAAACGAACAAACAAAAACAUAAACAACAAUAAAACUUAUAAU